AUCAUCAAUCACUCUCGCGAUGUUUGCUCGCAGACCGGCAGUUUCUUUUAAGGUCUCUGUUGCGUACAGACCCCUCAUUCGCCUUCGACGUUCUCUUGCAACUACCACAUCAACACUCCCUUACGAUGUCGUUGUCAUCGGUGGUGGACACGCCGGAUCCGAAGCUUCGGCCGGAGCAGCACGUGCUGGAGCGAGGACCCUCUUGAUCACUCAGAAACUCGAGACUAUCGGUGAAAUGUCGUGCAAUCCGUCAUUUGGAGGAAUUGGCAAGGGCACGCUUGUUCGGGAGGUCGAUGCCCUCGAUGGAGUGUGCGGCAAAGUUUGUGACAAGGCGGGAGUUCAAUUUCGGGUGCUGAAUGUGUCGAAGGGACCGGCCGUGUGGGGACCCAGAGCACAGAUGGAUCGCAAGCUUUACAAGAAGCAUAUGCAGGAGACGUUGUUUAACUACCCGAAUUUGUCGAUUAUGGCUGGCAGUGUUCAUGAUAUCGUUGUGGAACAUGACGCAGCGGCUGAAGGAAGUGAGGAUCGGGUACCAGGACAGUAUGGAAAGAUUACGGGUGUGAAACUGGAAAGCGGCGAGAUUAUCCCAACAUCACAUGUCGUGGUUACUACAGGGACGUUUUUGGGAGGUGAGAUCCAUAUCGGCUUGGAGGCGUAUCCCGCCGGACGUAUCGGCGACGAGGCAUCUCUUGGUUUGUCCAAGUCACUGAAGGACGCUGGCUUCGAGCUUGGCCGAUUGAAGACCGGCACACCCCCUCGUCUUGACGGAAAGACUAUCGACUAUACCAACCUUGAACGUCAGGAUGGUGACGAACCUCCACGACCUUUCUCUUUCAUGAACACAGAAGUCGCCGUUUCCACGGCAGACCAGCUUCCUUGCUGGAUGACCAGAACGAAUGAAGCAACCCACGAGAUCAUCCGUAACAACCUUGACAAAUCCAUCCAUAUCCGCGAAACCGUCAAGGGUCCUCGAUAUUGCCCAUCCAUCGAAUCCAAGAUCAUUCGCUUCGCGUCGAAGGACAGCCACAGAAUUUGGCUCGAGCCAGAAGGCUUUGAUACUGACGUUGUCUAUCCCAAUGGUAUCUCCAUGACCUUGCCAGUCGAUAUUCAAGAACAAAUGCUCCGCACUAUUCCUGGUCUCAAGAAUGUCACCAUGACCCGUCCUGGAUACGGUGUCGAGUACGAUUAUGUCGAUCCCCGUGAACUUCGACCAACCCUCGAAACCAAGCGGAUUUGUGGGCUAUGGCUUGCUGGUCAGAUCAACGGUACUACAGGAUACGAAGAAGCUGCAGCACAAGGUGUCCUUGCUGGUAUCAACGCCGGCCUGGCCGCACAGCACAAAGAGCCCAUCACGAUCAGUCGUGCCCAGGCUUACAUCGGAGUCUUGGUUGAUGACCUCGUAACAAAGGGUGUCGAGGAACCAUACCGUAUGUUCACAAGCCGAAGCGAAUUCCGUUUGUCUGUCCGCGCAGACAACGCCGACCUUCGCUUGACGGAGAUCGGUAGAGCCGCAGGCGUCGUCAGCGAUGAACGAUGGGAUGUUUAUCAGCGCGAAAAAGCUUUGCUGGAUUUGGGAAUGGCCGCCCUCGAGAAAGAGAAAUUGACUCCACAAGAAUGGGCCGAGAAGGGCUUCCAGAUCGGUCAGGACGGACAGCGCAGGUCUGCUCGCCAGCUCCUGACGGGACCCAAGGUCACCAUCGAGGACUUCAUCCAGCACAUUCCAGUGCUUGCCACCAUUGCACCUCACCUGCGUGAACGUCUUGACAGGGAAGCUUCCUACGCUUUUCACAUCCGCCGUCAAGAAAAGGAUAUCAGGUUCAUGAUGGCAUCCGACGAGUCCCUUAAACUUCCCCUCAACCUGGAUUACGAGAGCUUGACAGGUUUGAGUGCCGAGGAAAAGCACGUCUUGAGCACGAUCAGACCACAAAACUUGGGCAUGGCCAAAAGGCUUCAGGGAGUCACGCCGGGUGCGUUGUUGUCUUUACUGAGGUAUGUGCAGAAGGAAGGAAGGAAGCCUGCUGAGUUAUCCGAAGCAAGUGCUUGAGCAGAUGUUUAUUAUGUUGUGGCAUUAUUUCCUUGGUUUGAAUGGCGGU